ACAGAUAAUCCGCGUUCCUAUUGUGUGCUGAUGACACGUACCCCUAUACGACCGAUGGUCCAGAAGAAAAUGGCGCUUUGCACUUCUCCCGGUCUUCUGCACGGUGAAAGUGGUUCCUGAUAACAAAAUCGACUCAAAGUGGACAGUAGUUUUGAGUGACGUCAAUAAUUUCGCAUCGAAAACGAACAUCGUUAUACGACGAUUUCAACUGUUAGGACUGGUAUAGGAAAGGAGCUACUGUGGACCAACCGUAAAGCAAGACCAGUUUGUGGUAUACAGGUGUUUAUUACAAGCGCGACGAAAGUGGAGAAAGUGACACACAAUGCCGAAGAUAAUACAUAUAGAUACGUACACACAGCUGACUAGACACACACUCUUGAACGAGCAGGAUUGAUCAUACAGCUGCUGUUUGGACAAGGGCCUGUUUUCGGCACAUCGCUCUCUUUCGAUCAGCAAGAUGGUACUACGAUCAAGUGUUAUCGAGGGCCUCAUCUUCCUACUCGUCAUCAUCUACAUGGCGAAGGUAUUGGUAGUGAUGACCUACCUUGAUUCAUCUAAGGAAGCUCUCAUGGGACCGCGUCAUUCAGCAGAGGUCUUCAAGGGCCAGGAGGGCGCCCUACAUGCCAACUCGAAAGUCCGAUCUAUUCUACAGGACAGCGCGAAGAUUGCUGAAACCCAUAAUGCUGAUACCUACAAUGCCGAGAUCCGACAUCCGGAAGAGAAAAAAGCCGAUCCCAAGGAUGGGGUUGGUCAACCGAAUCCAAUCAAAGUCGAGGUUGUAAUUGAGAAGGAAGAAAAAGAUAUCGACGACGAUAAAGAUGACGACGAGGCCAACGACUUUGCAGGGAUGAAUGCCGAAUUGUUUGCCAAUGUUCUCAAAACGCAGUAUGAUCACUCCUCCAAGUGCUCGGAAGAGAAUUUAUUUCUGAUACUGCUUAUCAAUUCCAAACCUGAGAACUUAGACUUCCGGAUCAUGAUCCGAGAAACGUGGGCAAAUGCCCCGGACGCUGAGACCCAAGGUGUUCUUGCAAUGUUUGUCUUAGGAAAGCCAAGAGAUCGACCAAGGUUAGAUGCCACAAUCUACGAGGAAAACGAUCGCUAUGAUGAUAUCAUCUUGGGGAACUUCUACGAUGAUUUCAGAAAUUCUUCCCUUCGAGCACUCACGGGUAUGAAGUGGGUGUCUUCACAUUGCUCCUCGGCAAAGUUUGUGUUUAUGGGGGACGACCAUAUCUACCUCAACAUGGGAAGGCUGGUGAAGUCUCUGAGAGCCCUGCAUGUUCAAGAAAAUGACAAGAGCAUGUGGCGUGGAAGAAUUAGGACUACAUCGAGAGCAAUACGCGACAGAAACAGCAGGUACUAUGUAUCAGAGCGCCUCUUCGAACGAUCCGUGUAUCCUCCAUUCUGUACCCUUGAAGCUGGUUUCGUUUUAUCGAUGUCUGCCGUUCACGAACUCUACCGAGAUUCAUUUGACAGGUCUAUAGUGCCAUUCGGUGACGUCUUCAUAGGAAUUGUUGCAGACGAAUUAAAGUGGAAAGUCGUAGAGGAUGGCCUUUUCAACUAUCGAGAAUACGAAACUGUCUGUGAACUCGGCAAGGUUUUUACUCUGAGAGGUAUGUCGACACCUGGUCAAAUAAAAAAUGCAUUUGACAAGAUAAGUAACGAGACCUUUUUGAGGGAAUGUCCAGACCCAGACCUAGACCUUGUGUUGACGGGGCUUGCUGACAACGAACCUUACUUAGACACUGUCCUAAAGAUGGUCCACGACCGUCCCAAAUUCUGCUACAAUGAUGAGGGUCAGGAAGAAAAGAUAUUUAUUCUGAAUUUAGUCAGUACCCUUCCUCGUCAUUUUGAGGCCCGUCAAGCGAUUCGGGAGACGUGGGGCAGUCAGAAUGAGAUACUUGGUGAGACCGUGAAGACAUUAUUCGUGAUGGGUCUAACCCAAAGGGAUACAGAGGAGAUCCAAAAGCAAGUCCAAGUGGAGGAUGACGCAAAUAGCGAUAUCAUCCAAGCAGAGUUUCAGGAAUCCUUUGGCAACCUCACCCUGAAGGUUGUCAUGGGGUUGAAAUGGGUGACCCAGAAUUGUGCUCACGCCACCUACAUCUACAAAGGAGACGACGACAUGUUUGUCAAUUUCCCGAACAUCAUCAAUCUUCUGAAGAAAGAGCGAAGCAGUGGCAGAGCCAUCAGCAAGUACUUCAUGGGAUCUGUGCUCUUCCGGAGCGUCAGGAUCACCCGCAAAGACUCCAAGUAUCAUGUGAACGACAAGUUCUACAGCGGUCGCUACUUCCCGCCAUAUUGUUCGGGUGGUGGAUACAUCAUAUCAACGGACGUGGUGCCUUCUAUGUACGAGCAGGCACUGAAGACUGCUUUCAUCCCCAUCGACGAUGCCUAUCAGGGUAUCUUGGCGAAGAAGGUUGGGGUGGUCCCCCGGUAUAACGGCGGGUUUAAGAACUGGGGAGAGAAGAGCGAUACAUGCUCGCUAAGAAGAGAAGAAUUGAUGACCAUUCAUGGGUUUAAGGACCCUAAUGCCAUGUAUGAGGUAUGGCGAAACUUUACAGACACCUCCGUCAAGUGUGGCGCCAAUCGUAGGUGACGAAGGAUCGCUUACCAAUCAAAGUUGUAUCAAGCACAACACAGAUAGGGUCCUAUUGAUUAAACUGACGAUAUCACAGCUAUUCCGCUUCCUAGACUUUUGUUUGAAUCUUUACAAUUAUUUUUAAUAAAGCAAUUCCUAGCAAAGAGAUGUAUCAUUUGUUACUUCAAUUUUCUUAUUUUUAGAACAACAUGUAUUUUCUUCAACCUGUAUAUUAAUGCUAUCUGCCUCUUUUCCAAAGAUGAAUGACACAUUUUUACAUGAGAUGAGGCCAUUUUAUUUUAAUUUAUUUUAAUUAUUUGCUAGAUCAAAGUGGAGGAAGUUAUUGUGCAAUACAGCGCCAUCAUGCGACAAAGUCCAACCAGUCUCUGAUAUUAAAGUUCUUGUUGAGAUGAUUAUAAGUGCUUAAAACUCAAAUUUCUAUACCAUGUACAAUGCUAUUUUGUGUUUAUGGUGUUUCCCAUGUACACAUUUAAAAAGAAAGCUUGGUAUGAUUCAUUUCAACUGAGAUUGGCCUUUAUUACGAAUUUUAAGGAGUCAAUUAUCUAUACAUAAAUACACCUUUUUGGUUGAGUUAAAGAUGCUCGUCACUAUAUAGCCUUUAUUUAUCUGAUGGAUCAUUAAUGCUGGAGAGUAGGCUGAAAAUAGUUUUAUUUUUAUGUGCCACAUCGUUUUCAUGGUUUGAAAUUUUAAAAAAUCAUCCUAGGAUGUCAUUUAUAUCUUAUCACUGAAUGAAAGUGAAGAAUGGAAAGCGAAAAAUCACCUGAAAAUAGUCCACAUUUAAAUGCGAUACGAGGUCCCAAUCCUUUUGAUGAGUAAUAGGAAAGUUUGUUGGCAUAUUCCAGGAUUUUAUCUCUACACGAUGUCAAAUCCUGUAUUUCUAGUCGCAGAUUUUUUGUAGAUGUAUUUUUCUAAUAUUUUGGAAAAUAUGUAUAUAUUACCUGGCCUUGGGAAUGGGUGUGACAC